AUGCCUCGUAGUAAGCUUAAAAAGCUUUGGGAUGGUGUUCAGAACCUUGCGAACUUGGAGAAGAUUUACCUUGAUGCUUCUCCUGAUCUGGUUGAGAUCCCAGAUUUAUCUGAGGCAGAAAAACUCAAAACAAUUGAUCUAUGCGAUUGUGAAAGCUUGCGCAAGCUCCACCCAUCCAUAUUAUCUCUCCCCAAGCUUGAAAUUUUGAAUUUAAGUGGUUGUAGAGAGAUUGAAAACCUGAAUGUUCAUUCGAAAUCUCUACAAAGAUGGAGCAAUGGCUGUUUAUCUCUCAAGGAGUUCUCAGUGACAUCACAUGAAAUGACGUUCUUGGACUUAUCUUACACUGCUAUAUGUUCAUUGCCAUCAUCAAUUCAAUUUAAUAGGAAACUUUCUCUAUUUUAUCUAAAGGGUUGUAACAAUCUUGAGCAUUUAUCAGGUGUUUCGGAAACAGAGUUUAUUACAACGAAUCUGUCAGUCUUACAGCCUCUCCCUAACAUCAUUGACUAG